AUGGACUGCCUGGCUCGUGUGAUGGCUCAUCCCUCUCAGACCGGACCAUCCGAGGACGACAAGGAUGAGAACGGUGAGAAGUCUGACUUGGUGUUGUUGUUAUCUCAAGCCAACUCAAGCGAAUGGAGUGAUGGCAAGUACAUUGCAGCAAUGUAUGCCAAAAUCAUGCAGAAGUGGCAAGAGUCCCGUGGUAGCAGUAGAAAUGAUGCUGUUUUGGAACACCAUGAUACCAUGUAUCUUGAAGCGUUGUAUACCGAAGCAGAGGAUGAGUUGAAGAAGUACGUCGGCAGUGACCGUGUUGUCCGUGAUUCUAUUCGCGAACACUCCACUCUUACGAAGAAGGAUAGAUACAUCGAAGAUUGGUAUGCGGACACGGGCAGAGUUUUUGUUGACCUGGGAGGGAAGAAGGGCGUUGCGUCCAUAGGGGGCAAACAUUACCCCAUGAUUUUGAAGGAUGACUUCACAAGGCGUGCAUGGAUGUAUUUCCUAAGAAGUAAAUCAGACGCUGGCAGUGCUUUCCGAAGUUUUCAUGCGAAUGUGCGUGCUGAUGGGAUCCCAUCAUUGAUUGAGAUUGUUAGAUCUGACAAUGGAGGGGGAUUUUUCGGUGGUGAAUUUGCAUCUGUGUGCAAUGAGCUUGUGAUUAAACAAGAGUUCACCCCGGCUCACAGUCCCGAAUUCAAUGGUGUUGCGGAACGGGGUUUGGGAUUGACAGAAGAGGCCGCAAUGGCGGCUCGUAUUCAGGCGAAAGUUCUGUUUGGGCAUGUGCAGUUACCUAAGACUGAUAGACUCUGGGCGGAGGCCAUGCACUGGGCCUGCGAGGCACUCAAUCACACGGCUUGUUCUGCUAACCCCGACUCCAAAUCGCCGUAUGAAAUGUGGUAUGGGGAAGCUCGUCCUGCUAGACCGUAUCCGUUUUUGAAGCCAGCGUACUGUAAAUGGCAGCGACCGUCUAAGCUGCUACCGAAGGGUGAGAGUUGCUUUUAUGUUGGUCCUUCGAGAGACCACCCACGUGAUUGUCAUAGAGUACUCACCAGAGCUGGGACUAUUCAGGAAACGAGGAACGUAACGUGGGAAGCGUUGCCGUCACAGCUCCCUCCACCGCAACCUCCGCUGCCGAUAGAGGUCGCAGAGGAGGAAGGGGAGGAAAGUGACGACGAUGUAGAAGCUGAGGGAGGGCAGGAAACGGGGGAAGUAGAGUCCGAAGAUCCGGGAGAGCAUGAUGAAGUAGAGUCGGAGGAUCCGGGAGGGCAUGAAGAAGAGUCUAUGGAUCAGGGAGGGCAGGAUACAGAGUCGGCGGGGCCGGGAGGGCAGGAAGUAGAGGUGGAGGCAUCUCCUCCAGCCGCUCGCCGUCCGCAGCAUGUCGUUGACCUUGCUGAUUUUAAUACUGCUGCGCGUGAUGCAGUAGAAUUGCCGAAAGAGCUCAUUCAGGACGUAGAGCCAGAGCCUGGUAGCUAUCAAGAAGCUCUGCGAUCGAAGCAUGCCACGAUUUGGGAUAAAGCCAUGUCUGCAGAAGUUGAAGGCUUGAUACGAGCAGGAACGUUCACGUUAGCAGCAAAAAUCCCAGAAGGUUGUAACGUGAUUGAUGCUAGAUGGGUUUUCAAAUGGAAAGCAGACGAAACAGGAAAGAUAGUAAAGGCCAAGGCUAGGCUUGUAGCGAAGGGCUUCAAGCAGAAGCAUGGGGUGGACUAUCUUGAGACUUUCUCGCCUACUGCAAAUGCUGCAUCGAUUCGAUUGGUAGUAGCAUUGGCGUGCAAGUAUAACUUGGAAUUACUCCACUUAGACAUUGAGCAAGCCUUUGUUCAGUCGAAAUUGGAUCACGAGGUGUUCAUGAAGUUGCCUCCUGGCUGUGAUUCGAUGUCAGGAAAAAUUGUCCGUUUGAACAAGAGUUUGUACGGUUUGAAGCAAGCAUCUAGAACAUUUUACAAGAGGCUCGUGUCGGACCUGCUUCGGAUAGGUUUCGAGCAGUCUCUGUCUGAUCCCUGUGUCCUGCGUUUCAUGAUGGGAGACGAGGUGAUGGGUAUAAUCGCGAUUCAUGUGGAUGACAUUCUGUAUGCAGGAACGAAGAGGCUUGCCGAGGUGAUUGUAGAGGCACUAGGUGACUCUCUUCCUACGAAGAAUUUGGGAGAAGUCAGAUUCUUUCUUGGUUGCGCAUUUAGUCGCGACCGCGAGGCUGGCACGAUUGAGAUUUCUCAAGAGAGUUACAUCAGGAGUGUUCUAGAGAGAUUCAAUAUUUGUCGCACCAGCUCGAUCCCCGCUUCCCCUGCCAACGAUAGCAGGUCCGUGAUGGAGGAUGAGGAGGCAGGAGAUGUGCCGUUCAGGGAAGUGGUGGGAUGCCUGAUGUGGAUCGCCAACAAUACGAGGCCAGAAACUUCGAACGCUGUGCGGACGGUGGCGAGACACUCUCACGAGCCCAAGAAGAGUGACUGGAAGGCAGCCCAGAAGAUUUUGAGUUAUCUUAAGGAAACGGCACAUCUAACUCUGAAGUACAAGCAGGACACUACGGUAGACGUAGGCACGUUAGUGUACGUAGACGCUGACUUUGCCAGCAAGGCCACUGACCGUAGAUCAGUUUCUGGAGCAUUAGUUCUUGUAGCUGGCUGUCUUGUGUCUUGGUUUUCUUGGACGCAGAAAUGUGUCUCACUGUCAACUUCUGAAGCAGAGUAUAUUGCGAUGGGUGACGGUGUUAAGGAGGCUCUCUUUGUGAACGGGAUGCUUCAGUUCUUGAGACCUAAGAAUCCGCUUAGCUCGAGUAGGAGUAAGCACAUUGACGUGAGGCACCACUUCCUUAGGAAUUUGACGGAGGAGGGCGUGAUCGAGGUCACCCAUGUCCCAAGCAAGGAGCAGCAUGCUGACAUCCUCACAAAGGCUCUACCGAGAAACCUUUUUGAAGUUCACCGUGACUUUGUCCUUGGCUCAGUAGCUGAGAAGUAGAGAUCUGAGUUAGUAUUUGAUUUUGUAUUAUUAGGUCUGGUCGAGACGACAGCCCCAAGGGAGGUUGUUCGUGAAUUGUGGCUGUAGUAUCGAAUGUAUGACGUGUAUUGCGGUGUAGUAGGUGAUACUUGGUAUUGUAACGAAACGUAACACAAAGGUCAGUAGAUUGCAGCGAGUAGAUUGCAGCGAGUAGAUUGCAGCGAAUAGAUUUAUUGCUGAGGAAAAGCUGUAGCGAGAAGCCAUGGGGAGCGCAGCCCACCGUGCUCACUCCACCUUGCCGACCUGUCUCUCCGGGCAAGUUCUCAUUAAUGCACCACAUAUUUCUCCAGAAGUCACGAGUUUCCAACAUCUUCCCUUCACCCAUGAGCGGCCACACUUCAGCUUUUACAUCAUCGUCAUUUCCCUCCCCUCCCUCCUCUGCUAUCUCUAGCUCUAUCGGCAGCGGUGGUUGCGGCGGAGGGAGUUCAGACGGCAGCGCUUCCCACGUUACAUCUCUAGUCUCCUGAAUGAUCCCACCCCUCGUCAACACUCUAUGGCAAUCGCGCGGGUGGUCUCUCGAAGGGCCGACAUAGAAGCAACUCUCACCCUUCGGCAGCAGUUUAGAGGGUCGCUGCCACCUGCAGUACGCCGGCUUCAAGAAUGGAUACGGUCUAGCAGGACGGGCUUCACCAUACCACAUCUCAUACGGCGACUUCGAGUCAGGGUUCGCACUGCAAGCUGUGUGGUUCAAAGCCUCGCAAGCCCAAUGCAUUGAUUCAGCCCAGAGCCUAUCAGUCUUGGGCAACUGCACAUGCCCAAACAAAACCUUUGCCUGAAUACGAGCCGCCAUCGCGGCCUCCUCUAUCAAUCCCAAGCCACGUUCAGCAACACCAUUGUAUUGUGGAGUGUGAGCCGGGGUGAACUCCUGCUUAAUCAAGAGCUCAUUGCACACGGACGCGAAUUCCCCCCAGAGAAACUCAAUGUCAGAUCCAUCAGCACGCACACUUGCAAGAAAACUCCUGAAAGCCUUACCAGCGUCUGAUUUCUUCUUGAGGAAAUGUAACCACGCACGCCUCGUGUAGUCAUCUUUUAUAAUCAUGGGGUAGUAUUUACCCCCCGAUGGACGCGACGCGAGGGGUUCCCUCCCAGGUCUACAAAAAUUCUGCCCAACUUCUUAUAGUCUAGUCUAUGAUCUAUUUUUAAUUUCUCGCGAAAUCCCUUUCUUAAUCGCUUUCGACAUCGAGCAACCCGUGCAAGGAUGCAUGGUACCAGUCAGCUCAACACUCAACUGCUUUGCAGUAGUACGAAGCAAGCCUUCAUGCGCAUGGGCGUAAAUGUUAUGGAACUCGUUGAUAUCCAUCUUGCUUGCAUGCUUGGGGUUUGAGGGAGUGAGAGCAGCCAACACCGACCCAACAACAGAGUCAUCACUAUNCGCUACCCUCAUACUCAAGACGAUAGGCGGUCGAAAAGGUAUCUCAUUGACAUUCUGGAACACAACAUUUCCAUGGAAGGCAGUCAACACUUUGUCGGGCCCACCAAGGCGGUUCCAGGAGCCGUCAAACUCUGCGCCAGGAGAGAAGAGGUUGCAUCCCA